AACACUCCACCAAAAAAAAAAAAAGAUGCAUAUGGGCCUUUCCACUAACCCUCUCAUACUUGGACAAAAAUCAUUCCAAAUACUAAACUACAAAAACAGAAAUACCCCCACAUACAAUUAUUUCCACAGUAAUCUCAACUCAACUCAAAGUAUGAACCUUUUUCUCCCUAUACAGUCCCAAAACCCAACCAAAUAAAUCCCUCCACAACACACCCAUCCCAAAAAAUAAAACAUAACACAUAACUUGAUUUUGCAAACACACUACAAGGCAUCAUGGUCUUGAUUUUGCUGCUUCUACCAUUGCUCCUUCUAACCACCAUAACUUCCACUCCAACCUCAUCACCUUCACAAAACCUUUCAUACCCUCAUUUCCAACACCUCAACGUGAAACAAACCAUUGCAGAAACAAAGAGAAAGCUGAAGCCUUUUCAUACAACCAAACAACCCCAAGAAAACCAAAAAUCCAACACUGAUGCGGAGAGUGAAAAAACAGAAUCAGGAUCAGGGAAACGGAAACUCAAGCUUCUUCACCGAGAUGAAAUUCACAUUUUUAACAUUUCCCGUGACCAUCGCAGCCGUUUCAAUGCACGAAUGAAAAGAGACGCCAAAAGGGUCGCCGCCGUUGUGCGCCGCAUCGCCGGUGGCGUCGGGUACAAAACAGAGGAAUUCGGGUCGGAUGUGGUUUCGGGUAUGGAACAAGGAAGUGGAGAGUAUUUCGUUAGAAUAGGAGUUGGAAGCCCACCAAAAAACCAAUACGUUGUUAUUGAUUCGGGUAGUGACAUUAUUUGGGUCCAGUGUCAACCAUGUACCCAAUGUUACCGUCAAUCCGACCCGGUUUUUAACCCGGGAGAUUCUUCCUCUUAUUCGGGUGUGUCUUGUGGCUCCACCGUCUGCAGCCGUGUGGAGAAUGCAGGGUGUCAUGAAGGGAGGUGCCAUUAUGAGGUUUCUUAUGGGGACGGGUCCUAUACUAAAGGGACACUUGCCCUUGAAACGGUUACAUUCGGGAGAACUGUGAUCCGAAACGUGGCUAUUGGGUGUGGGCAUAGAAACCAGGGUAUGUUUGUUGGAGCUGCUGGGUUGUUGGGCCUUGGAGGUGGGCCUAUGUCUUUUGUGGGCCAAUUGGGUAGUCAAACCGGGGGUGCAUUUAGUUAUUGUUUAGUUAGUCGGGGCAUCGAGUCAUCCGGAUCACUUGAAUUUGGACGAGAAUCGGUGCCCGUGGGUGCUUCAUGGGUUUCCCUGAUCCAUAACCCACGGGCCCCGAGUUUUUACUAUGUCGGGCUUUCGGGUCUUGGAGUUGGGGGAGUUAGAGUACCUAUAUCCGAGGAUGUUUUUCGGUUAAAUGAAUUAGGUGAGGGUGGGGUGGUGAUGGACACCGGAACUGCCGUGACGAGGCUGCCAACGGCGGCUUACGACGCUUUUCGAGAUGCUUUUAUUGGUCAAACCACAAACCUACCCCGGUCAUCGGACGUAUCCAUUUUUGACACGUGUUAUGAUUUAUACGGGUUUGUGUCGGUUCGGGUACCAACCAUAUCAUUUUAUUUCUUGGGUGGGCCUAUAUUGACCCUUCCAGCUAGGAACUUCUUAAUUCCAGUUAAUGAUGUUGGAACUUUCUGCUUUGCAUUUGCUCCUUCUCCUUCAGGACUUUCCAUUAUAGGGAACAUCCAGCAAGAAGGGAUUGAAAUUUCAGUCGAUGGAGUUAAUGGGUUUGUAGGAUUUGGACCCAAUAUAUGUUAAGUGUUAUGUAACCGUGUGUAUAUUAUGUCUUAAUUUUGUUAGUGUUAGUAAUGUCACAUAAUUUAUCAUUAAAAAAAUUGUCACAUAAUCGUACUAUAUAGAUAAAUGAAAUAAUUAGGCCAUGCAUGUGGUCAUUAAAUGUUCUAUUUUA